AUGGAACCAGUGGAAAGUCGUAUGCAGAAGAGAAGUGCAAAAUGGGCAAAGACGAAGACUUUGGAAGCGAAAGAUGCACCGAUUGAUGCUCUUCCAGCCCAGCUGCUGUUUAUUGAGCUCAAAGUGGAUGAGAGAGAGGCUUUUCUAUGCUCUCUAUGCUAUGGUCUUCUCAAUUGCCUAGUCUCGGUUCAAAGACAGUGGAAGGAUCCAUCCAUCAGCCUUUCUAUCUCCACAGCGCUGACCUGCACUUUCCACCUAGUUCACCGACCUCACGAGUCUGAUUUGGCUCUAUAUUGUCCACCAAGGAAACUCCAAACAACUCCACUGCGACUGAGCGAUCUCAUCGAUCUGACCGGUAUGGAAGGACUCUUGGCUGACUCUGAGACUCAGUCUUCUGACUUGGAUUGGCAUACUGGGGUCAAUUCCACCCUAUCCUCUUGA